UUGCGGAUGCUAGCGUACUCCCCCUCUAGACUCUAGAGGCCUCCGCCACAUAGGAGUUGCAGCCCUGCAUCUCCAUCUUCAAAGCCUUUAGACGCGCCUCCAUCUCUCCCUCUCAAAAUCAGAAAAUCUAACCCAAAUGAGAAUAUAAAUAAAUUUUCUUUCCCUUUCUCACCCUCCUUUCCCCAGAAUAUAUUCUAUAUCACCGAAAAAGUAGACCAUCAAACUCUCAAGCAGAGACCUUGAAAGCUUGUGCAAUCCCAACCCCCCCGGGUUUCCCUAACUUCUAGUAUUUAAAUCGUAGCCGUCGAGGGGGGGAGGAUCUAAAUCCAAUGGCGACGCAAGGGCAGGGAGUAAUGGACCCUGCGAUACUGGACGACAUAAUCAGACGGCUGACGGAGGUCCGAUCAGCGAGGCCCGGGAAGCAGGUCCAGCUCUCGGAGGGGGAGAUCAAGCAGCUCUGCGUUGCUUCCAGAGAAAUCUUUAUUCAACAGCCCAACCUGCUCGAACUCGCAGCACCCAUCAAGAUUUGCGGUGACAUUCAUGGACAAUACAGUGAUUUACUUAGGCUUUUCGAAUAUGGGGGAUUUCCUCCUAGUGCUAAUUACUUAUUUUUAGGGGACUAUGUGGAUCGUGGCAAGCAGAGUUUAGAAACAAUAUGCCUCUUGCUUGCCUAUAAGAUUAAAUAUCCAGAGAACUUCUUUCUUCUAAGAGGAAAUCAUGAAUGUGCUUCUAUUAAUCGGAUAUAUGGAUUUUAUGAUGAAUGUAAGCGGCGAUUCAAUGUGAGACUCUGGAAAGCCUUUACAGACUCUUUCAAUUGCCUUCCUGUGGCAGCUCUUGUCGAUGACAGAAUAUUGUGCAUGCAUGGUGGUCUUUCACCUGAUCUUACAGACUUAGAUCAAAUUAGAAAUUUACCUCGUCCAACUGCUGUUCCGGACACUGGAUUGCUUUGUGAUUUGCUUUGGUCGGACCCUGGUAGAGAUGUUAAAGGAUGGGGAAUGAAUGAUAGAGGAGUCUCAUAUACCUUUGGCCCUGAUAAGGUGUCAGAAUUCUUAGAGCAUCAUGAUUUGGACCUUGUCUGCCGUGCCCAUCAGGUUGUGGAGGAUGGGUAUGAAUUCUUUGCCGACAGGAAACUUGUUACAAUAUUUUCAGCCCCCAAUUAUUGUGGUGAAUUUGAUAAUGCCGGUGCAAUGAUGGGUGUAGAUGAAAACUUGAUCUGCUCUUUCCAGAUUCUUAAACCAGCAGAGAAAAAAGCCAAGUUCAUGAUGUCAAACAAAAUUUGAUGGUAGCUACAUCCCUGCUCUUCGUCUUAACCAAGAUAUCUUUUCCUUGUUGUCAGGUCUUAGGACCAGUAGUGUGGAGGGCACAAAUUACUCUUAGCUCGUUUACCUUUCUCUGUAGCACUUCACCUGUGACACAGUAUGUAGAUAUAUUUGGUUGGGUAAUUCAUACUUGUGCUUUCCACUGUGCGCAACAGAAACAAGGCCAUUUCUAUUUCUCACAAUGAAAUGUCUGUGAGCUGUUUGUCUCAAUGAACUCGGGCUGUUUUGUUUAUGUUAAAAAAUGUGAUUUGUAGCUUUGUAUUGCUUUUUUUCAUAAUUUUUUAAUGCGAUAUUCAUGGUCUUCUUGCUGGCGAUCCAUAA